AUGCUGUCCUCGCUGGAGGACCAGGCUGGAUGCCAAGGCUCAAAGUCAGUCACUAAAGCGCCCUCAGAACCCCUCACGGGAGCUACGCCAGCAAAAGCUCCAAGCCCACCUGUCAAAUUAUCAAGUUUUACAUUGUUUCAACAACUGCCGGUGGAGCUCCGAUUGGCUAUUUGGGAAUUCGCCUUCUUCGACGAAUCCGAGGCGCGGGUUAUUCGGAUUGAUAACAAGCGGCAAGGGUCCCCUCUUCCCAAUAAUCGUCGCCUUGAUAAAUGGAUCAUCUCUAGCACUCCCCGCCUGAUACGGGCUUCAAAUUUCGAGUCACUGGAAGUUCUUAGGGCGACUAUCGAGCCACUCUUACGAAAGAGGUUUGAUGUCUGGUUUGGGUUCUUCAAUCCAAUGUGUGACCAUCCGGGCGAUCUACAUGUUAUGGCCAAUCUCGAUAUCGACACGGUAUCCGUGGAUUUCUCUGAUUACACAGACUUCUCUGCAUUUGUGGAUUUUAGCAGUAUCCGGCAUUUGGCACUUGGCGUCGAAAAGUCAGGCCCAAAUGGAGACGACAUUAUUUUACCUUCUGCCUGGCUUCCUCUAUCCACGGGACUCCCAAACUUAAGAAGCCUAAAGUUGGUCGUCGGACAGAGAAACAUCUCAGAUCCUUCCGGUGGAUGCAAACCCAACUAUUGCCUUGUUGAUAUUAAUCCACAAUUUUCCGGACUAAGAGGUCGGAGGUUGUACAGCGAACAAAUGACGAGGAGCCUCACCAAGCUCGUCCAUAUGGUUCGGAAUAUCGAGUCGUACAGAAAAGCCUUUCAGCGCUUCCGCCACACACAUGAGGAUGGGCAACGAUGGCAAAUUCUCUCAUUUGGGGUUGCAUGCCUUGUGACUGGACCAUUAAAGCUGGAGGAUCCAAAUUCUCGGCUUCACUGUGCUGUUUCACACAGGAUCUUCACGUCUACUCAAUAUCACCAACAAAGAAUCUCCACGACUGAGGGAGAUAGCCAAAUCGAGCCUGUCAAACAUAUCUUUGAACUACAAAUGAAUGGCAUGGGUGGAGGUAUAGUAGUGCCUCGUCACAUGCGGUAG